AUGACGGCGCUCACCCAGCCGGAAGUGGGGCUUCUAGGAGGGGGGCAGUCGGGAUCUGCUGUGGCUCAAUUGGAAAAUGGAGGUCGGGCAUAUGGAAGUCAUUCGUUUCUGGAGGUGGCGACUGCGCGAGUUGGAGACGUGGCUGGUCCGAAACAGGUUGUAGCGAUGAAAAAUUUGGUGGAUAUUGAUGGUGACAUGGGUUUCAGAUUUUCAGAGAUGGAGGAGAAAAAAUUGGCAGAGGAGUUUCGCUUUGGGCUGGUUCUAAAAUUCUUGACAGUUAGUCCAAACAUUAACACGAUUAGGCUGACCACAAACAAGACUUGGGGACUGAGAGAGGUGCCGGUGGUGAGUUUUAUGGAUUCGAAGCAUGUGUUGGUUCAAUUACGGAAUGAGAUAGACUAUAUUCAUACAUGGGCAAGGGAAGGGCGAACCAUGGUUGGAGGGAAUUUUCGCGUGUUUAAAUGGACACCAGACUUUGAUAUGAGCAGUGAAUCGCCUUUGGCUCCUCAGUGGAUUUUUCUUCCUAAGCUUCCUCUGCAUCUAUACCGUGUGGAUUGUUUGAAAAUUCUGGCAUCACGAUUUGGGCGAUAUUUGGGAACGGAUCAAGCCACACUAACUCGAACAAGAGCCACAGGGGCAAGGAUAUGUGUGGAAGUUGAUUUGAGGGAUACACCGAUUUUGGGUUUUCCGAUUGCUUUUCCAAAUAGAAACAUUUUGCAAGAGGUGCAAUAUGAGAAGCCGGGUUUCUAUUGUUCAAAAUGUGGACGGCAGGGACAUCUUGAACUGGUUUGUAGAAGUGGAUUGAAACCUAUUAUGAGAAACACACAAAAGGCUAAAAAGGGGAAAAAUCAGAAGGAAUGGCGAAUAAUAAAUGACUGCAUGAUGGGUGACAAGGAUACAAGGGUGGAAAAUGUGGAAUUGAGUGAAAAACCAAUUUUGGAUAAUCAGGAAAAACUUGAGGAAAAUCAGGGACCUUCAGAAGUGGUUGAACUGGUUCAGGAAAAGGGAGGGGCUAUGGAAACAACAGGAAAUGCUUGUGUAGAUAAUGAUAAGGCAAAGAGUGGGACAGAGACAGCAAAAGGAGGAGAGUCUAAAGAGGACAACGAUAUGCCAAAAAGCAUGGUGGGGAAUGGAGGAGAAGAAGACCGAGACAAAGAAGAUUUCCAAAAUGAUUUUAGGUUGGAAAAAGGAAAUGUCGAAAUGGAUGAGACAUUAAAUAUUAAUGUGGGGAAUAACACUGUGGUCUCAGAUGGGGAGGAUGAAGGGGAGGAUGGAUACAAUUGUGUGGCAAGGGCGGAAUACAAGUCAGAUCAGAGUUGA